UCGAGGAGGGGUCGGCGUCUUUCCCGCCAGGCCAUUGUUCGUGCGGCGCUCCUAGCAACGCCGGGCCGGUAACCCCCGCUCGCACCUCGCGCCUUCCGGGUCUCUUCCUUGAUUCUCAAACCUUAAAAUACGUACAAAUCGCUGAGGCGCCUGUUGAAGGUGGAUAUUCUAGGGCUCGCUGCACUUCUCUCCACGCCCAAUUCACAUUCCCCGGAUGUCGCCGUAGGGCCGGUCAGGCUGGGAUCCCCCUGCUGCGCGGUGUACUUCCUGACGUUUCGGAGGCACCCGUUUUGGAAACAUCCCCUGGGUUUCGGGAGCUGCCUGGGUCUGAGGAGAAAACUUCUCCCUUGGGCUUCUUUGGCUUCUUAUGAUUAUCCUCACAAAGAAGUUGACCUUGGGCAAUCUACUUAACUUUCCCUGGCUUCCAUCUCUUAUCUAGUGAAAUAAUUAUUAUAAUAAAACCUGACUGGGUAAUUGUGAGAAUUAAAUAUGGUCUUGUACCUGAAAGCAUAUUGUAGACUUGCGCAGUGUUGACUGUGACUCUUAAGUAGCAGCAGGGCAGUGUGGAAAGCUCACAGGACUUGCAGUCCACUAAAGCCUUUCUUUCUGUAAAUUUAGUGAAAAUAAUACCAACUUUAAAUGGUUGUUUUGAAGAUUAAGAAAACUGAGGUAAAUAGUAAAGAAAAUGUUAGCUCAUUCAUUUAGUCGACAGUAACAAUAUUCCCAUUUAUUCUUUCUCUAAUUUGAUGUUUAUACAGUGAGUUGAGACUUUUUAUUCAGACUUUCUGAGUUACCUGUGCAGUCCCUAAUUCAUGGGAUGUUUUCCUUUGUAAACUCUGUAAGGUAUUAUUGCUAUUUAUUUUUCACAUAAACCCAGAAUGAUUUAAGAACUUGGCACAAGUUCACACAACUAGUAAAUGUUAGGAUCAGAAUAAAACCUAGGUCUGGGCCAGGUGUGGUGGCAGACACCUGUAAUCCCAGCACUUCUGGAGCACUUUGGGAGGCCAAGGUGGGAGGAUCACUUAAACCCAGGAGUUUGAGGUUGCACUGAGCUAUGAUUAUGCCACUGCACUCCAGCCUGGGAAACAGAGUGAAAUUCCCCAUCUUUAAAAAAAGAAAGAAAACCCACAUCUGGGUAACUUGAAAGCCUAUGCUCUUUGCACAUUAGGAAUAUAUAUAGUACCAUUAUUUCCAUCCUUUGGUCACCAUGUCACUUUUCAGCGAAUAGCUUUAGGGUCUAUGAUAAUUGCUUGUAUUAUCAGUUUCUGUCAUCAGCUAUUGCCAUUUUUCUGUAUAAAUAAUUAUUUUUACUGCUUAGGCAGGCACCUCCAAGGUGUGUCUUGAAGCAUAGCUCCAGCUGGAGGGUACCUUUUAAGCUGUUCAAGGUCAAGAUGAAUACAAACUCAAAGGAGGUUUUAUCCCUGGGUGUUGAAGUUCCUGAGGCAUGGGAAGAACUUCUGACAAUGAAAGUGGAAGCAAAAAGUCACCUUCAAAGGCAGGAAUCCAGGCUGAAACGCAAUAAUCCACUAGCAAGGGAAAUCUUCCGAAGGCACUUUCGACAGCUGUGCUACCAAGAAACCCCUGGACCAAGGGAGGCUCUUACCCGACUCCAGGAACUUUGCUACCAGUGGUUGAGGCCACAUGUGAGCACAAAGGAGCAGAUUUUGGAUCUGCUGGUGCUGGAGCAGUUUCUGUCCAUCCUGCCCAAGGAGCUCCAGGGCUGGGUGAGGGAACACUGUCCAGAGAGUGGAGAAGAGGCUGUGAUUUUGCUGGAGGAUCUGGAGAGAGAGCUCGAUGAACCACAAGAUGAGAUGGUAGCCCACAGACACAGACAAGAAGUCCUCUCUAAAGAGAUGGUGCCUUUAGCAGAGCAGACGUUACUGAGCCUUCAGUCCCAGCCUAAGGAACCCCAGCUCACAUGUGACUCUGCUCAGAAGUGCCAUUCUGUUGGAGAGACAGAUGAGAUGACCAAGACUGAGGACAGAGAGUUGGUGCUAAGGAAAGACUGUCUUAAGAUAGUGGAACCACAUGGGAAAAUGUUUAAUGAGCAGACCUGGGAGGUAUCACAGCAGGAUCUCCCACAUAGAGAAGUUGGUGAACAUAAGGAUAGGAUACAGAGGCAGUGGGGAAACCUCUCAGGAGAGGGGCAACACAAAUGUGAUGAAUGUGGGAAGAGCUUUACUCAGAGCUCAGGUCUCAUUCGACAUCAAAGAAUUCACACUGGAGAAAGACCUUAUGAAUGUAAUGUAUGUGGGAAAGCCUUCAGUCGAAGUUCUGGUCUUUUUAAUCACCGAGGAAUCCACAAUAUACAGAAACGGUACCACUGUAAGGAGUGUGGGAAGGCCUUCAGUCAGAGUGCAGGUCUUAUCCAGCAUCAGAGAAUACACAAAGGAGAAAAGCCAUAUGAGUGCAACCAGUGCAGUAAGAGCUACAGUCGGCGUUCAUUUCUCGUUGAACAUCUGAGAAGCCACACGGGGGAGCGACCUCACCAGUGCAUUGAAUGUGGGAAAAGUUUUAAUAGACACUGCAACCUCAUUCGCCAUCAGAAGAUCCACACAGUGGCUGAGCUGGUCUAGGACUUGCUAUGAUCAAGUUUACCAGAUCACCAGCCAAGUCGUGUGGAGUAGGUUGAGGCUAGAAAAUGCCUCUCCUUUCCUUUCUCCAUGAAGUAUGUUUGAAACAAAUAUUGACUUGUGGCCCAGGGACUUCCUAAAAGGAAAGUUGGGUGUUCGAAGCUACUGUUUUCUCUUUUGUUCAUUUUACUU